AUGUGCAGUACUGUGCGGUUCUGUGAGGUUCAAUGCGGUGGAGAGGACUGGGUGGGGCAGCUGAUUCCGGGUCUGGGGCGGCGGUUUUCAGGUCUGGGGCGGCGGGUUUCCAAGUUCGGCGGCGGUUUUCAGCCGGCGGCCUUGCCGUUGAUCGGCGGCCGGCGGCCGGCGGCCUUGUCGUUGGUCGGGGGCCGGCGGCCUUGCCGUUGGUCGGCGGCCUUGCCGUUGGCCGGCGGCCGGCGGCCUUGCCGUGGGUCGGCGGCCUUGCCGUUGGCCGGCGGCCUUGCCGUUGGCCGGCGGCGAUGCCGUUGGUCGGCGGCCGGCGGCCUUGCCGUUGGUCGGCGGCCGGCGGCCUUGCCGUUGCUCGGCGGCCGGCGGCCUUGCCGUUGGUCGGCGGCCGGCGGCCUUGCCGUUGGUCGUCGGCCUGCGGCCGGCGGCCUCGCCGUUGGUCGGGGACCGGCGGCCUCGCCGUUGGUCGGAGACCGGCGGCCUCGCCGUUGGUCAGCGACCGGCGGCCUCGCCGUGGGUCGGCGGCCUCGCCGUUGGUCGGCGACCGGCGGCCUCGCCGUGGGUCGGCGGCCGGCCACCGGCGGCCUCGCCGUGGGUCGGCGGCCGGCGGCCUCGCCGUGGGUCGGCGGCCGGCGGCCUCGCCGUGGGUCGGCGGCCGGCGGCCUCGCCGUGGGUCGGCGGCCGGCGGCCUCGCCGUGGGUCGGCGGCCGGCGGCCUCGCCGUGGGUCGGCGGCCGGCGGCCUCGCCGUGGGUCGGCGGCCGGCGGCCUCGCCGUGGGUCGGCGGCCGGCGGCCUCGCCGUGGGUCGGCGGCCGGCGGCCUCGCCGUGGGUCGGCGCGGCCGGCGGCCUUGCCGUUGGACGGCGGCCUUGCCGUUGGUCGGCGACCGGGGGCCUUGCCGUUGGUCGGCGGCCGGCGGCCGGCGGCCUUGCCGUUGGUCGGCGGCCGGCGGCCUUGCCGUUGGCCGGCGGCCUUGCCGUUGGUCGGCGGCCUUGCCGUUGGCCGGAGGCCGGCGGCCUUGCCAUUGGUCGGCGGCCGGCGGCGAUGCCGUUGGUCGGCGGCCGGCGGCCGGCGGCCUUUCCGUUGGCCGGCGGCUGGCGGCCUUGCCGUUGGUUGGGGACCGGCGGCCUUGCCGUUGGUCGGCGACCGGCGGCCUUGCCGUUGGUCGGCGGCCGGCGGCCUUGCCGUUGGUUGUCGGCGGGCGGCCGGCGGCCUUGCCGUUGGUCGGCGGCCGGCGGCCUCGCCGUGGGUCGGCGGCCUCGCCGUGGGUCGGCGGCCGGCGGCCUCGCCGUGGGUCGGCGGCCGGCGGCCUCGCCGUGGGUCGGCGGCCGGCGGCCUCGCCGUGGGCCGGCGGCCGGCGGCCUCGCCGUGGGCCGGCGGCCGGCGGCCUCGCCGUGGGUCGGCGGCCUUGCCGUUGGCCGGCGGCCUUGCCGUUGGCCGGCGGCCUUGCCGUUGGUCGGCGGCCUUGCCGUUGGUUGGCGGCCGACGGCCUUGCCGUUGGUCGGCGGCCGGCGGCCGGCGGCCUUGCCGUUGGUCGGCGGUCGGCGGCCUUGCCGUUGGUCGGCGGUCGGCGGCCUUGCCGUUGGUCGGCGGCCGGCGGCCUUGCUGUUAAGAAAUAA